CAGUGCUAGUUGGGGGGGAGGUAAACAAGAUGGCGACAACCUGAGUGGCAAGAGUAACACGAAGAGUCAGAAAAUUUAGCUGAUAUCUACCAGAAAUAACUGAAAUAUUGACUUCAUCACGGACCGCGACACAAAGGGGAAAUAAAAACCUGCAACGGAAACGGGGUUCAUGUGGAUCUAGCCACCAGGCACUAGGAACCAUAGUGGUAUGGAGGACACCUGAGGACGGUUGGACACAUUGGAUGGCUCAGUCGACCUCCAGGAGCCGGGCUGAUACUAGAGAUUGACUGAUCCUGCUGCAUUCGUUUGGCUGUAGAUCUGUGCUUGGAUCUAGUCCAGCUGUGCACACUUAUGUGUCCCGAGAAAAACAAUGCUAUGCAGCAUGGAGCUUCGACAGAACUUCUGUGUUGCAUGGCCUUGAAGCAGGACUGGUUGUCUCUGCCUACAGCUGUAUGGUAUUAAAUUUAUAUAAAGGUGAUCUAAAGUUAAGUGGAGAAGACUAACAUUUUAGAACCACAUUUUUUCUCAUAUCUGUUCAACUGCACUUGUCACUCACGUAGUACAUAAUGCACAGUAUAAAGCACUAGCUCAGCACGGGACCCAACAGGUUCUUCACAUCUGUCUGCACCUCUGAGUAAAAAGAGCCCUAAUGUUUACAAAUUGGGAUUGAUCCCCCACCUCCUCCCUCAACUCUCAGGCGCGAUUACUCUCUCUCCCAUGUUCAGUGUUUUGUAAUUUGUCUGUAUUCCAUCUUGUGGAAUUAAAAUACUCGGCUCAGAACUGAAAGGUUACACCAGUGGAUUACGCUCCAGCAGCAAUCAUAGCUAUUUGCAAAAAAAAUUUGCACAGGAGAUUUAAGCUGUGGCCACUGAACUGUCAGUCAUGAGUACCGGGGAGCUGCAUCAUCUUGACUAUCUAAAUGAAAAUGAACUGAUGGAGAUGGAUACUUUCAUUCACCGCAUUGACUCUACAGAGGUGAUCUACCAGCCACGGAGGAAGAGGGCAAAGCUGAUAGGAAAGUACUUGAUGGGGGAUCUGCUGGGGGAGGGAUCUUAUGGCAAAGUGAAAGAGAUGCUGGACUCAGAGACACUUUGUCGCAGGGCUGUCAAGAUACUGAAGAAGAAGAAGCUGAGGAGGAUCCCUAAUGGAGAAGCCAAUGUGAAAAAGGAGAUUCAGCUGCUAAGAAGACUCCAACACAAGAAUGUGAUUCAGUUGGUGGAUGUCCUCUACAAUGAAGAGAAGCAGAAAAUGUAUAUGGUGAUGGAGUAUUGCGUUUGUGGGAUGCAAGAAAUGCUGGAUAGCGUCCCAGAGAAAAGGUUUCCAGUAUUUCAAGCUCACGGGUACUUUUGCCAACUCUUAGAUGGCCUUGAAUAUUUGCACAGCCAGGGAAUAGUUCACAAAGACAUUAAACCAGGGAAUCUGCUGCUGACCACAGACGGGGCACUUAAAAUCUCCGACCUGGGAGUAGCAGAGGCCCUUCACCCAUUUGCAGAGGACGACACAUGUCGCACCAGUCAAGGCUCUCCGGCUUUCCAGCCUCCAGAGAUUGCCAACGGACUGGACACCUUUUCAGGGUUUAAAGUAGACAUUUGGUCUGCUGGUGUAACACUAUACAACAUUACAACGAGUCUGUAUCCAUUUGAGGGGGACAACAUCUAUAAGCUAUUUGAGAACAUUGGAAAAGGAGACUACACUAUUCCCGAGGAGUGUGGACCCCUUCUGUCGGACCUACUGCGAGGAAUGCUUGAGUACGACCCUGCGAAGAGGUUUUCCAUACAGAACAUAAGACAACACAACUGGGUGCGUAAGAAACAUCCUCCGUCUGAGCUCCCCGUGCCCAUCCCUGCCAGCGCAGAGAGCAGGGACCCUUGGCGGAGUAUGACGGUGGUGCCCUACCUUGAGGAUCUGCACGGCUACACAGAGGAGGACGAUGACGAGCUCUAUGACGGAGAGGAUGAGAUCAUAUACACUCAGGACUUCACAGUGCCAGGACAAGUGGCUGAGGAACACCGGGAUCAGGGGAACGCAGACCACAGUCCAGCUGUAGCCAAGCCAGUUUGUGUGAACGGGACAGAGGGGGGUUCUUUGAACAGCAAGGCCAAAGCCGAACGCCGAUCCUCCUCCUCAUCCAACCCCUCACGCAAAGGAGUCUCGACAGCCAGCAAGAUCCGCAAGCUCUCCACCUGCAAACAGCAAUGACGCCCUCCCCUUCCUCCCUCGGCAACAUCCCACCUGGUGUACCUGUCCCCGUCCUUCUGUGUCUGGAGUCCUCACAGUUGUGAGAGAAACCUGCUGACGUUAAUGCCCCCAUACCUCCUUGGACCACCGGCCUGCAGAGUCUUUUGAAGAUGCGGUGUGAGUGACCGGGAGGAGGAGGACAGCAUGAAAUGUUCUUUUUGCUCUGAGACUGAGGCACUGGCUGUGAAGAUGGUGUUUUUUUUUCUCCCAUAUUUUGGCUCCUUUCAACUCCUGUCAUCUGGUCAUCCCCCACCCCCACCCCCAUCCUGUCAUCCUCUUUUGGAGGGCCAAGUGUUGCAUCGGACGUUCCAAACACCAUCACCCCUGUACCCCACCCAUCCACCCUCUACACCCCACCUUCUGUUUCUUUGACUACCUUUGUUUUUACAGAACCCUAAUGGCAGUUUUUAAGACACAUUGUGAUGUGUAAAAAAAUUAAAGAGAAAAAAAAGAUAACAAAAGUUAUGAAUAAUUCUAUAUUUAAAUCUAUGAUGAGAAUAAUUAUGAUAGUACUCUACUACCACCAACAUAAAAACUGCAUGCUGUACAGAGCUGGAAGAAAGGGAAAGUGCUUGGUUUGUGGACAGACUGACACCUUGAGAUCCACCAUUGACCUGUUGGGGAUUUUUGAUUUUCAUUUAGGUUUUUUUUUCUUUUUCUUUUUCCAAUGAAUAUUUUUUAAUUAUUAUUUAUAUAAAAUGUGUCCCAAACAG